AUGCCCAUCAAAGGACCUCGAGAUGCUAAUCCACGAAAAAGGAUACGAGAAAUUUUUCUCAUAUACAGAACGAGGGCGACCCGUGUAAAUACAUCGGUUUCUUACUCGUGCAAAGGAACUCUUUCUUGGCAACUUGGACAACUUAUAACGAUGUUUGUCCCGCAUAUCACUAGGAAGAUCGGGAUCUUUACAAAGGGCUUUAUAAAGCUUUCGUCUCAAUUCAUAUUUAGCCGCGAGCAAUCUACGUUUGUGAUCUCGUAUAUUUCGCUUCUCCGACAUCUUACUGAGUUUCCCCCUCAUCUUUUUGCAAAAAGCCGCUCCACGGUGGUAAAGUCUCAUCUUGUGUGUUGGCCGAAGUUACAAUAG